UGUAGUAGUGAAAUAACCUCAACUCGAUUGUAAACAAUGCCAUCAAAAUGGCCGUUGUGUUCAAAAAGUUCGUACGAAUUGUAAAAUUAUGGUCUCUUGAUAGUGGUAGUUUGAGUGUUUCAAUGCAUCUAUUCGUGUUUUUAAGUGUUUGUUUGUCGAGUGUUUGUUGUCAGUAUUAUGGAGACAGAGGAAAUUAUUUCCCAGGGCAGUCAACAGAUGGUGAACCUCAGCACUUGCCCAAAACUUACAUUUACAACAGCAGAAGAUAUGGUCAGCCAGUUGCUCCUCCAGAACUCGGCUAUCCGCCAAAUCGUCCAUAUCAACCUAAUUUCGACCCAAACGCUCAAUUUCCCAGCCAAUAUCCAAACCAGUACAAUCCUAAUGUAAACAACCCUUAUUCGACCAACUUCGAUGAAACGUAUAAGUUAGGAGAGGAUUUUACCAACAAAUUGGCACAGUUACCAGGAGUAUUGGGUAUAUGGCGGCCAGAUCUGCAGGGCAAAAAGCGUCCAGGCUGGAAUGAGUUGGAAAGAGAUAUUAUUGUUGAAACCAACUAUGGUCAAAUUCAAGGAUUCAAGGUUUUUCUGUAUGAUAACCCUGACCCGAAAGAUGGCUACAGACCUGGAAUGACGCCAGUCGAACACAUCAAAGGAAACGUAUCUGUGUUUCUGGGUAUUCCUUAUGCAUUACCACCUAUCGGAGAUGGAAGAUUCAAGCCUCCCAGACCUCACCCGGUAUGGCAAGCAAUUCAAGCUGUUGAUUUUGGACCAGCGUGCCCCCAACAUAUAAAAUACACUGGUGCUUUCAAAGGUGUUCGUGCAGUCCAUGAAGAUUGCCUAUACUUGAAUGUUUAUUCACCGUAUACAAAAUCUGGUUUAGCACGGAAGUAUCCAGUAAUGUUUUACAUACAUGGUGGAGAUUUUUCCCAUGGAGCCUCAAAUCUAUUUCCUGCUCAUAUCUUGGCUGGUUUCUAUGAUGUCGUUGUGGUUACAUUCAACUACCGCCUUGGAGCUUUGGGAUUUUUAAGCACAGGAGAUGACAAUUCACCAGGUAAUUAUGGAAUCCUCGAUCAAGCCAUGGCCUUGCAAUGGGUGUACGACAACAUUGAGUUUUUCAAUGGUGACAAAAAUUCGAUCACAUUGUUUGGCCCUGAUGCAGGAGCCGCAUCUGCUGGUCUGCUCAUGGUGAAUCCUCGCACGCGACACAUGAUCUCUAAAGUCAUAGCUCAGAGUGGAUCAGCAACAGCUAGUUGGGCUUUAGUAAAUGAUCGCUGGAAAGCAUUGAAUACAAGUCGGAUAUUUGCCCAGCAUCUGGGAUGCUCGAUCGAGACAACAGGAAAAAUGCUGGAUUGUUUGAAGAAAGCCCGCAGUGCAGAUGAAAUCGGAGAUGGCUGGUUCAACGCAUCACAAGCUGGCUUGAUACCAUGGGGACCGGUUUUGGAUUUGAACAUAUCCGUACCUGCAGACUGGUGGUAUGAAGGUUGGAACAGCAAAGAUUGGCGAUUCACUAACUUCACUGCAGAACAAGAUAUUAAAGCAAAGAAUUUUAACCGAUAUAUUUCAUACAUGACAGGUGUUACUACCCAGGAAGCUGCCUACUUUCUUUUGGAUGAUGCAAACAGGCACCUGGCUCCAUAUUAUGAAAUCGAUCAAAAAUUCUUUGACCAAAAGCUACGUGAAUUGAUUCUUCAAUAUAAUUACACGCUGAAUCAAGAAGGGGUUUUUCAUGCCAUCAAAUUCAUGUACACCCAUAGGCCGGAUCCUGACAAUCCCUACUACAUCAGGGAGCAAUACAUAAAUAUGUUGUCAGACUUUCUCUUCAGAGCUCCUGUUGAUCACAUCGUAAAACUCCUCGUCAGUCAAGACGUUCCUACAUAUAUGUACGUCAUGAAUACAACGGUCGAAGCUUUGCGCCUGCCUGAAUGGAGGAAAUACCCUCACAACAUCGAACAUUACUUCCUCACUGGAGCACCCUUCAUGGACACAGAAUUUUUCCCUCCAAGCGCCCAUCUUGAAAGGAAUAUGUGGACCGACAAUGAUAGGAACAUGAGUCACUUUUUCAUGAAAGCUUAUUCAAACUUUGCAAAAUAUGGAAAUCCAACAUACGAGCAAAUUCUUGGAAUACAUUUUGAAAAAGCGACAGCUGGGCAAUUUAAGUACUUGAACCUCAACACGACGUUUAAUUCCACAAUAAUGUACAAUUAUCGGCAAACUGAGUCUGCAUUUUGGUGGGCAUACUUGCCGUACGUCAUUGGUACAUACGUCCCGACUUAUCCUCCAACUACUGAGUUCUUUUGGGAACCAAGAGCUCCACUGCAAAUCGCUUUUUGGAGUAUGUCAACACUUUGUCUAAUCUUACUUGUUGCUGUCGUCAUUUUCUGUAUGCUAUGGAGAAAUGUGAAAAGGACUAACACACCCUAUUACAGCUGUGAUGUUUCUUUGCGAGACGAAUCAGAAAUGAACUUUGGAAUCGAAAAUAGGAACCAUCGCAGCACAAGUAAUAUUUACGGUUACCGGGACAGCUCUGCUGGGAUGAAGCCCCGUACCCAAACAAAUACUUUAGACUCAAGAAAAACUUACUCAACGCCAUCACUGCGAACUGGAAGUAUAUCAUCUUUAAAGGAAGAAGAGGCAGGUUACGUAAGUACCAUUCCGACCGGUGAUGCCAAAGCCUCGCGCACACCACCUAUCAAGCGAUCGAAAAGCCGAACCAUUGAAAGUAAUGGUAUACCGCAGACUGAAGUUUAAGUAGUUUCAAAUUGUUUGUUUUCAAUCACUGCCAAUUUUGAUCAAAUUAUCAAGAACUUUCAUGAGGAAGUCUGAAAAGUCUUUUCUUCCUGAAUGUUCAUCCGGGUUACUGUAACUCAACCACAGUAUUCUCAAAGAUGAAAGAAUAAAUGGAAGUAACGUCUGGGCUUUUAAACUUGGGUCACAGUAUAUUAUUAUAUAUAGCUUAUGAAGGAAGACCGAAAGCUUUGUUUCUUUUUUUUCAAGUUUGAAACACCACCAUGUUAGUAAUAACAAGCCUACAAAUAUACAAUUGAAAGGAACAAGAAGUGCAAUGGUAUUCUUUAAGAAUCACCAGGAAAGCUCAUUACAAAAAAUAUCUAGCUCUUUUUGCGAUGGUAUGUUGGUUUUCCAAGAAUAUUUUUAAUCGUCCAGCGUGUCUGAAAUUGCGUAUUUUGUUGUGCCUUUUGAGAUAUUAAGGAAGCGCCUAGUGUAUUUGAAACAGUUUGAAGCUUUUGCUCAAAAAUAUUAAAGAAUAUUUGACUAGCAUUAAUAUGUAUGUGUGAAAUCACUGUACUGGUGAGUCAUCAGUGUGAUUCAAGAUCAGACAAUAAUGGGUAAACUUUUUGCUUGGAGCAAAUAAAUUGACAAGUAAUUUUAUGGGUCUCUUGCUAGUUUUACAGAAUGUUUUGACCGUUGAUUCUUAAAGAUAAAGGCUAAAACAAAGAUAUUGAUCGUAACGCCAAGUUGCUGAAAAACAAUAAAUAAUAUGGACUUUCAUAAAGCACAACGGAUGAAGUCCUGCAUGUUAGUUUAGGGUAUCUAUGAGUCCAGAAUAACAGGAAUCGUCAGGACUUUUCAUCAGGCCAGGAAAAAGUUGGGAAAUUUUAUGAAAAAUAUUGGAAAUUUGAGUAAUCUUGAAACUUGGAAUCUGAAAAAAUAUUAGUGUUGUCAAUCUGAGUCUCAUUCUGUUCUAAGGUUAAACCAAUUUUAAGGGUCAUUGUAGGCUCUGACUCUAAUUCCUGCCCUGACUACAUAGCACUUAAUAUGACAAUGCCUUUUUUAGCCAAUCUUCAAUAUCAAAACCUAAUUCUGUGGUGCGUGCGAUUGAGCCAUAAAAUGAUGCUUAUUUGUUUUGAGCUCUUUCCAAGAUGUCUCUGACUAUUUCAAAGCAAAAGACCGCUUUUUAAUGAUAAUUAUGUUACUACCUUAUUGCAUUAAAUUUAAGUAUUCUACUCAUUAGAUACCAAUGUUUACAAUUUUAUUGCCUUAUAAUUUAUUAAAUGGAACAAUUCAGUGCUCUGUUGUUAUUUAUUGCAGUGGUUGUUAACGGUUGCAAUAAUUAUUGUUCUGAAUUUUUUUUUAGAACUAUUUUUCACAGUUUGCCUUUUUCUUUUUUUCUUAGCCAAAUACCAGCCAAUACUUUUGUAUUGUAAUCAGUAGUUUUUCUAAUAUUCUACCCAGAAAAUACCUGAAUUGAGGAGCUUUUCAGAAAAAGGGCCCAAAUUGAAAAAUCGCCCCCUGAGAAAAAUUCAUUUGAAAUUAUUAUUAUUAAUUUCUAGCCACUGAUGAUUACUUACAUUGGAACUUUGCCUCUUACAUUCAAAGUUUUUACACUUUAGAACGAAAAACGACCAUUGGUAAAACUUCAAAUACAUUUUUCUCAAAAUGUGAUUUUUUACACAGGAUCCUUCUCCAGAAAACUCCUCAAUUGCUGUUUUGUCCUUUUAUUAAUAAAUAACGAUAGCCGCUAAAAUAUUUAGUAAAGUUGGAUAAUUUAUUCAGUAAAUCUUUUAAAAAUCGUGCAAUACUUCAUUUGUUAUUAUCAUCUCAUAACAGGAUUACACUUUUAAAAUCCGUCCUACUUUACUUACGCACAUUUUUUACUCUAUUACUUUUGAUUCAUGUGUUCAUUUUUUCGCUGCUUGGUAUGAUGAAUGUUUUAAAAAGUUAAUGUUUUUAUAUUGGUCCAGAACAUAAUUAAAAAUCAGUAUAGCAUUUUUAUUUUUUUCCGAAGUGCUCGCCCAUUGCAAUGACUGUGGCGUUUUUGUAUUGUUCUUUUUCAUUGUGCCUCAUACAAUUAGUCAGUCUAAUAGUCAAACUUCAAAAACAAAAAAUAAGCCCUACUUUAUUAUUGUAAAGUAACAAGACAAGUGAGAAUGAAGACACACCAACUCAGGAAAAUGAAAAUGCUGAGGAAGCAAAAAAACUGCAUGGUAGGUGAGGAAGUCGAAAAAAGUUUUGUGUGCCGCUGUUCCGAGCAUUUCUGAUAGCUGUUUUCCGAAGUAUCUGUUGCAUGUGGAUGUGUCUAUCCAUAUGAUUUACAAAACUGUAAAAAAGUGGAAAUUGAAAAAAAAAAAAAACCAGAGUUGAUGCGUUUUCAUCCUCACUAAUUCAAUAACUGCAAUCAUCAAAAUGCACCCAGACAGGGAUUGAACCACUAACCUAUCGAGGGUCUCUUUAUUUUAUGUCUCUUUUUUUAUAUUUUAUCGAAAAAAGCACAAAAAAUAUGACUUUCAAUUUUGCUUUGUAAAAGCACUAUGUAGUCUCUUUUUUUUUCAUUGAUGGUUUAUUUGUGAUCAUGUUUUGUAAAUGUCUGAGCCUUCAGUUUUAUACUCCUCAAAUUUAUAUGUGUCCAAAAGAGAUUUUUGUAAACUAGGUUUCUCACUGUCUCUUUGUGAUUUGAAAGGUUUCUCUGAACAUUUUAAGCGCACCAAUUUUUUUACCUUAUUUUUAUUUCUUGACGUAUCGCUCUGUAAAUAGUGUAAAUUUUGUAUAAUACCGAUUCAACCAUAGUUUUUCUGUUUUUAAAACAUACAUGGAAAAAUUUUUCACCUGGAUUGUACUUCAAAACUUGUAUUUUCAGCUAAAAUAGGGUACAUCAGUGUCAAGCAAAAGUGCAAUAGCAUUACUUUAGUCUUAAAGAGUUGCAAGAAAAGAACAUUGUUUUCAGAUUCAAAAUCUUGCAUCAUGCAAUCUUAUAAUUGUGCAUGAAACUUUGCAACUUACGUAUUAAAAUGCCAUGUUUUUAAAGUACAAUUGAAUGCCGCAAAGGGAACAGAAUAGCUCCAACCGUCUGGUUUUGAAAAAAUGUGUGUCUGCUGCAGAAAUUUCAUUCCCAGUUUCAAGUAGUGUCCAAAAAGCCAAUAUAGAUAGAUUCUGUUCACUGAAAAGCGUCCAAUAUGGGGUCCAAUAUAGUGAUGCAAAAACUUUUAAGUUAACUGUGUUCAAAGGAGCACUUCUAAAAAUUUCAAUUGCCUUACGUUAUAUUAAAUGAUUUACGUAAAAAAGUGAGUUGUAAGUGUAAGCUCCCUACUUGAAGUGAGAUAAUAACCGGUAAAUAUUAACUAAGAAAAUUUUCAGUUUGAAACUUAAUUUCACCAGUAUCUUAAUUGUGUAUUGGAAAAAAUUUAUAUUAAAGUACAUGAGAAUCUAAAACCUUAAUCAAUGAAUUUUUAUUUCUAUGAAUGUGGUGCGCUGCUUUCAGAUCCGUCUAUUUUUAAAAAAAGACAAAUAAUUUUCUGAAAUUAUUUAUUGUAUGUUGAUUGAGUGAGUGCUAGAAUUAGGCACUUUAGUAACCUUUCCUUUUUUAGAUGUUUUCUUAGCUUAGCUGAAACCUAAAUCCUCAAGUCAAUAGCCAUUUUGAUUUACAUCGGGAAAUUUUACUGACAGUUUGGUACUUUAAAGCGUUGAAAUUACCUAGAGCUGCAUGAAUUAAUUUGUUGUCUCCUGUACGAAGAAUUGUAUCUUGUUUGCUCUGAACAUUGAUGAAUUAGAUUAAUAAUGAAAAAUGGAGCACUUAUUCCCCUUAACCGUUUAUAAUCAGUUGCACUGUUUAUUUACAGUAAUACUUCUUAUUUUUGUAUUAUUUACUGUGAUGUUAUUGUGUUUUUUUCUCUUCUUUUAAAAUAUUGUGAUAAUCACGCCGUCCAUUUUCAUAUUUUCCGCAUCCUGCCUAUCAUUGUGUUACAUUCUCAUUUUGUACUUUUGUAUCGACUUCUCAAGUCUUCAUUUCUGUUUCUUUGUUACAAACUUUUAAAUAUUUUAUUUUACUUUUGCAACCGAAGUAUUUGUAUAGUAUUCUUGUUUCUAAUUUUAUUGAGUUUCUUUUUGCUUUUAAAAAUAGUAAUGCAAUCAGAAACACUCUGAAUUUUAAAUGUCUAUGAUCUCGUUGUCAGGAAAUUAAUAGGUCUCCUUCCUUCUCCUCUCUGUAUCAUUCCGAAGUAUAAAAUUUUCUGUAACCAUUUUUAAAAGAUUGCAAAUAACUUUAUUUUUUCUAAUGCAACAGAGUUCUAUAAAACGAUCCUUCAUCCCUGAAAUUAUAUUCUGUUACUCCAGCACACCCAGCAUAAUAUAGAAAGUAUAUUCCCAUCUCUGUGGAUGGUUCUCUUCAAAGAGCUGUCGUUUGUUUGUUUUUCCACCAUUCUUUCUUUUUGCCAUCUUGCUCUGCAUUUAGACCAUAAGUCAACAAAAAAGUUAUUAUAGCUUUUCUCCUUCGUUGAUACCAUCUGAUCUGAAUAUUCAAAGGCUCCUGUCAUUUCGUGUUAAUGAACAGAAAUCAAGUUACUGUCUACAUUGUUGUCAAAUUCAUCAAAAACCUUUUGUCUGAUCAAAUUAUAAGGAGUUAUUAAUCUGUAUUGAAAAAGAAUUUUUGCUUAUUGUCAUAGAGUUUAUUUCCUAAAGUUGAAGAGGAAAUAUUUCUCUCUUAUCAAUGUUGCAUCAAGUUAUUCUUAAAAAAACCUACGUGCAAGUUUUGAUAUGUUUAAUGAAAGAGGAAAUUUACCCUCCGUAGAUAUUAGCUCUCGCUAAAUCAAAGGCAAGAUUGCAGAUUGCAGAAUGGCAUCAAAGUGCGUUUGGGCAUCUUUAUGUGUAAAAAGUGCAGUUGUAUGUCAGUAUUCAGCGAUUCAUUUAAUUGUUAAACAAUUAUUAUUUAUUUCUCUCUUUUUACAUAUUUUUCUUUCUUUUUUGUGCCUGUGUGAAGGAAAAAACGAAAGUGCAUUAAUAUUACAACAUCGCUGUAAGUACUGUUUCUCUUAAGUUUAAGUUUGUGCCUUUUAUAAUUAAAUGUAAUUUUUAAUUUUUAAUAAACAAUAAGCAUUCACUGCCA